UUAACGUCAAUGAAUACCGGUAGUAAUUGCAACGCGAGCGAAUGGUUCUUCUAUAAGUGAUGGAUAAUGUUGUGCUCUUACCUCAGUAUUUAGUCAACUAUAUUCGGAAUGUCCAUUCAACUUGGCAAAUUGUGUUCAUGUAUCAUACAGCAGCAUUUCGGCGAUGUAGUUCGAACUGUUGCUGAUGAUUUAUUCACUGCAGUAGCGAAAACUCUCACAAUGAUUGUCAACAGUACACAGCUAACAAAAUCAGAGGUCUGCAAAGCUCUUGCUAUAUUACUCAAAUUUGGAUUAGUGCGUUAUCAACCUAAUAAGGCUCUAACAGGCACUGAAUAUAUUUUGGAUUAUGAGAAAAUAUUGAUGGUACUGAGAUACCCUCGCUAUGUACACUUAAUUCAAACUAAAUAUGGUCCUGAAUCUGCAAUAUUAACAGAAGAAUUGCUUCGGGCAGGAUAUCAAACUGCAUCGUAUAUCAUAUUAAAAGCAACCGCAGCUUCCGAUGAGAAAGACAAAGGCACUAUCACUAAACUGCGGGAAAAGUUUAAUGACUUGGUGACAAAAAACUACUUCAUAAGAGCACCUUCGCCGAAGCCUGUCGAACAGAGCGCCGAACUAAUGAUACUCGACUAUGAAGAACAAAAUCUCUUCCAGAUGCCUGAACUCGAUCUUAAGAAGCUGUUAGAUUUACAGGAAAAUAAGAUCAAUAAGGCACCCGAUGAGGGAAUUUAUUGGUUGGUGAAUUUAGAGAAGUUCCAUCUGGAUUUUCGCGAUACAAUUAUGAUGAGUGCAGUGGAACGAUUGGUCGAUGAAAACGCUGGCGAAAGUUUGACCUAUUUGUUGCAAUUAAUGUACACUAGGACUAAGCCGUGGGAAACGGUAUCGAAUCCCAUUCCUAUGGUUGAGUUGAAACAAAUUUGCGAGAAGAAAUCCAAUAAUUCAGAGCUGAUCAAAUAUUUAGACCAAUACAUUGCUGUGAUCGAAUCGAUUGGGUUUCUGAGCAAGUUUGGUGAUAUGGGAGGCGGUCAGUACACACUUAACAUGAAAAGAAUAUUCGAACAGCUUACUUGGAGCUGCAUCGAAAAUGUAAUAACAGAAAAAUAUGGAUCGAAAGCAGCUCGCAUUUUUCGAGUAAUCAGGAUGAAGAAGUAUGUUGAACAGGAAGAUAUACAAAAGGAAGCGAUGGUUCCGGCAAAAGAAGCAAAACAGUUGACUUACAAACUGAUGCAGGAAAAUUAUCUUCAAAUUCAACCUUUCCGCAAACUGGGAGGUGGAAAUGCUGGAGCGCCAAAGUCAUUUUUCUUGUUUUAUGUUAACCAAACACAAAUUGUUGCGAUGCUGCUUGAAAUAUGCUACAAAUCAUUGUAUAAUUCUAUCACACGAUCAACACACGAUAAAACCGUUAACAAGCGGCUUAUUGAGAAAAGUCAACGGCUGGAUAGUAUUGUGGAAGCGAUGAAGGACCGCGGGGAAUCAGAGGAUUACAUUGCUGAAAUACAGGAAACGUUAACACCCCCGGAAAAAGAGAUACUGCACAAAGUGAAAAUACGAGUGAAAAGCUUGUAUAGCGCGGAGAUUGGAAUUGAUGAGACUAUUUUUCUUCUAAAAUUAUUUCAACAAUAUCAGAAGAAAUAAAUCUAUUUUUUAAAAAGUUUAAA